CGCCCAGCGGCGGCCGGAAUCUCGCGAUAAAGGCUCAUUGUCUCGCGGGAGCGCUGUUGGCGGUCGGGCGCUCGGGCGGCCCUGGCCGGGGAGACGAGUUGCAUGUGUUGGUUCAGCUGGCGAUAGCGGCGGGAGCGGAGCCGGCGGGGCCUGUGCGACCGCCUGGGUUUGUGAAAUGGCUGCUGACAUUUCUGAAUCCAGCGGGGCUGACUGCAAAGGAGACCCAAGGAACAGUGCCAAGUUAGAUGCCGAUUACCCACUUCGAGUCCUUUAUUGUGGAGUCUGUUCGUUACCAACAGAGUACUGUGAAUAUAUGCCUGAUGUUGCUAAAUGUAGACAAUGGUUAGAGAAGAAUUUUCCAAAUGAAUUUGCAAAACUUACUGUAGAAAAUUCACCCAAACAAGAAGCUGGAAUUAGUGAGGGUCAAGGAACAGCAGGGGAAGAAGAGGAGAAGAAAAAACAGAAGAGAGGUGGAAGGGGUCAAAUAAAACAAAAAAAGAAGACCGUACCACAAAAGGUUACUAUAGCCAAAAUUCCCAGAGCAAAGAAGAAAUAUGUGACAAGAGUAUGUGGCCUUGCAACUUUUGAAAUUGAUCUUAAAGAAGCACAAAGAUUUUUUGCUCAAAAGUUCUCCUGUGGUGCCUCAGUAACAGGGGAGGAUGAAAUUAUCAUUCAGGGAGAUUUUACAGAUGACAUAAUUGAUGUCAUUCAGGAAAAAUGGCCAGAGGUAGAUGAUGACAGCAUCGAAGAUCUUGGAGAAGUAAAGAAGUGAAUUUGAAAAUUUGUCCGUAUUUAAUGGCCUGAACUGAGAGUUGAUAUGGCCAAAGGGAGAGAGGCCUUUUAAAAUAUAUAUAUACACACACAUAUAUAUGUAUGUAUACACAUAUACACAUGUAUAUAUACAUAUAUGUGUGUGUACAUAUAUACAUAUGUAUACAUACAUAUGUAUACAUAUAUACAUAUAUGUAUACAUAUGUACACAUAUAUGUAUACAUAUAUAUUCUACAGUAAAACUGUAGACUGUCCUCAUCCUUGGCAUUUUCACUGUUCUGUACAAGGCUGCUUGUUUUUUUAUUGCCAAAGUCAAAUAAACAGGGGAGACUGUCAUGCUCAUGCAUGAAUAGAAUUUAGUCAAAUAAAAAAUUUUGGUCAUUUGGUACUGACUUUCUCUCUCUCUCUCUCUUUUUUUUUUUUGACAGAGUCUCGCACUGUUGCCUGGGCUGGAAUGCAGUGGUGCGAUCUCGGCUCACUGCAACCUCCGCCUCCCGGGUUCAAGUGAUUCUCCUGCCUCAGCCUCCCGAGUAGGUGGGAUUACAGGCGCCCGCCACCACGCCCAGCUAAUUUUUGUAUUUUUAGUAGAGAUGGGGUUUCACUAUGUUGGCCAGGCUGGUCUCGAACUCCUGACCUUGUGAUUGGCCCACCUCAGCCUCCCAAAGUGCUGGUAUUACAGAUGUGAGCCACCGCACCCAGCCUGAGUUUCUCUUUCUCUCUUUUUAACUUUAUUUUUUGAAAAACCCGGUAGACUUUUUGUGGGGAGCAUUUUUGUUGAUAAUUUUACUGAUCUAAAGCUGAGUGAUUUUUUAAAAGAAUUUGAAUUUGGUUUCCUCACCAGUAAUAUGUCUCCUUGCUUCUUUGAUGUGAUAGUUUUGAGAUGGGUGAGAAUCUAAUAGAUCUGUGGUUGAAUUUGCUUUGUUGUUAUGAAGUCCACCCUGUGGGCACAAUAACAUACUGUUGGUAGGAGUUGUUUGAGCUAUUCUGGAGAUUAUUUGGUAAAGUAUACUAAAAGCCUUAAAACCAUGUAUGUGCGUUGUUUGAACCAGUAAGCCACUUCUUUGACAUUAGAAGACAUUAGAAGAAAUAAUCAGCCUUGCAUAAAACUUAUGGAUGAAAGUAUUCAUCACAAUAUUAUUUAUAAUAAAAAAUUGCAAAUGUUAUAAAUGAACAAUUGGGAAAUGGUUAAAGAAGUGAUGGUGCAUUGUGUGGUAGAAUAUUAUGCGUAUGUUUAAAGAAUCACAUUUUCUAAGAUUAUUUGGAAGCAUGUUUGGUAAUGUCAAGUGGAGUACCCCAGAUACAUUUUAGACAUUUAUCGUCAUCAUCUGCUCUGAGUGGAAGGCCGUUCAGAGAGGCUAGAGGUUCUUAUUCUGGCUAUAAAUUACGUGAGUAAAAUUGUGCUAACCAGUUAAAAGUACCGUACACCCAUGCUCAAUAUAUAGUCCUGGAAAUAGCAAUUGAAACAUGUCUUCUCACAAGAGAAAAUGACAGUUUUAAUGAUGUAUUUGAUGAAUUUAAACUUUAAGUCAGGUGCUGCAAAUUGGAAAGAAGACUUGUGGUGUUUUAAGUUGCUGUGGACACUUUUAAGAAACUUAGAACCCAUGGAACCCUUGUUUAUCGCCAUGCAAAUUACAAUCUUGAAUGAGUGUUUUUUAAAAAUAAAGUAUUAGAAAAAUGUGUAAUAAAGAUGUAAAAUUAAAAAAUGGAA